GGGGGAGAGACCGGGGAUCUAGCGUCCCGCCACGUCAGUCGGCGCCGGGAUCCGAUCCGGCGCUCGGCGGAGCCCGAGGAGCCGCGGUGUAGCGCGAAGAGGCUUUCAGGGGGACUGGAGGCCUUUCUUCCCCUGCUCCUGGAGCGGCGCCCCGGGAACCCGCCUGGGCACACCGGGUGCCCCUGACCCUUUGGAGACGGAGGGAACCGUGGGUUAUCUCCGGGGAAGGAUCUGCUCCUCGCCUACCAUUGCAACCCACGAUGAAGAACCAAGACAAAAAGAAUGGGGCCGCCAAGCCAUCAGGCAACAGUUCCAACCCUAAAAGCAACCCGGGGCAAGGGGGAGCCGGACCAGAGGGAGUCCAGGCCGCAGCACAAGCUGAAGGUUCCGCCAGCCAGACUCCCAGGAAGACGGAGGGAGCACAAGCCAAAACCUCUCAGUCUGGAGCCCUCCGUGAUGUCUCCGAGGAGCUGAGCCGCCAGUUGGAAGACAUCCUGAGCACAUACUGUGUGGACAACAGUCAGGGGGGCCCCGGCGAGGAUGGAGCCCAUGGUGAGCCUGCCGAACCCGACGAUGCGGAGAAGUCCCGGACCUAUGCCUCCAGGAACGGGGAGCCUGAGCCAGAGAUCCCAGUAGUCAACGGUGAGAAGACCUCCAAGGGGGAGCCAGGCACAGAUGAGAUCCGAGCAAGUGAUGAGGUGGGAGACCGAGACCACCGAAGGCCACAGGAGAAGAAGAAAGCCAAGGGUCUGGGAAAGGAGAUUACGUUACUGAUGCAGACAUUGAACACACUGAGUACCCCCGAGGAGAAGCUGGCAGCUCUGUGCAAGAAGUAUGCUGAACUGCUGGAGGAGCACCGGAACUCCCAGAAGCAGAUGAAGCUCCUGCAGAAGAAGCAGAGCCAGCUGGUGCAGGAGAAGGACCACCUGCGUGGUGAGCACAGCAAGGCCAUCCUGGCCCGCAGCAAGCUCGAGAGCCUGUGCCGCGAGUUGCAGCGCCACAACCGCUCCCUCAAGGAAGAAGGCGUGCAGCGGGCCCGGGAAGAGGAGGAGAAACGCAAGGAGGUGACCUCGCACUUCCAGGUGACGCUGAAUGACAUUCAGCUACAGAUGGAGCAGCAUAAUGAGCGCAAUUCCAAGCUGCGCCAGGAGAACAUGGAGCUGGCUGAGAGGCUCAAGAAGCUGAUUGAGCAGUAUGAGCUGCGAGAGGAGCAUAUCGACAAAGUCUUCAAGCACAAGGACCUGCAGCAGCAGCUGGUGGACGCCAAGCUCCAGCAGGCCCAGGAGAUGCUGAAGGAGGCCGAGGAGAGGCACCAGCGGGAGAAGGAUUUUCUCCUCAAAGAGGCGGUGGAGUCCCAGAGGAUGUGUGAGCUGAUGAAGCAGCAGGAGACCCACCUGAAGCAGCAGCUUGCCCUAUACACGGAGAAGUUCGAGGAGUUCCAGAAUACUCUUUCCAAAAGCAGUGAGGUGUUCACCACGUUCAAACAGGAGAUGGAAAAGAUGACUAAGAAGAUCAAGAAGCUGGAGAAAGAAACCACCAUGUACCGGUCCCGGUGGGAGAGCAGCAACAAGGCCCUGCUGGAGAUGGCUGAGGAGAAAACCCUCCGGGACAAAGAGCUGGAGGGCCUGCAGGUGAAAAUCCAGCGGCUGGAGAAGCUGUGCCGGGCGCUGCAGACAGAGCGCAACGAUCUGAACAAGAGGGUACAGGACCUGAGUGCGGGUGGCCAGGGCCCCCUCACUGACAGCAGCCCUGAGCAAAGGCCAGAGGCUGCCACUGUCUCCAAGGAGCAGGGUGGCGGGGCGCCCGGGGUCCCAGCACCCAGCUCUAUAGGAGCCACAGAAGCUCCCUGCUGCCCUGGAGCACCGAGCACAGAAGCAUCAGGCCAAACAGGGCCCCGGGAGCCCACCUCCACCACCGCCUAGGGAGCCUGGCACCAGGGGCAUGCUGGGAAGGGAGCAAGCAGCCCAGCCAGGCCUGGCCCGUGCAAGGCUCCCACUGCUAAGUAGUCCAGUGCUGAGGCCCAGGGUGCUCUGACCUGGCUGGCAUCUGAAUUUUGUGGGUCGGCUUCACAUACAUCUGACAUGUGCAAGGCCUCAUACAUUUAUAUCUGUAAGUGUAAGAUAGGCUUGCAUUGGAUGCGGAGCAGAUGUGUACAGAUGAAAUCAGUGGCUCUUCUGUGAGCUGAAGAGUCAAAGCGGAGUCGUCAUCUGUAGCCGCCUUCAGUGACCUGGCAGGACAGUGACUUGAACAUUUCCCUGCCUGACAUGAGGCUUAGACCCCUCCCCUCCCUGCCCUUCAGGGAUCAUGACAAGUGACACACCCAGGCCUGACUGUGUCUCUCUUGUUAGCAGGGCUGUGGCAGCUCUGGCUCUCCUAGCUCCCCUGGAUGCUCAUUUGCUUCUCUUAACCAGGAAAGGGGUCCCCAGACAGAGCCUUGGCAGGGCGCUCAGCUGGUGAUCAAACCACUUUCCUGCCUCGGACCAGGAACCUGGAGAAUGUUUCUGUGUGGGAUGAUGUGCUGGUAGGGAGCCCUUGGGGCACUGCUUCCCCUGCCCUGUUAGUGCCAGGACCAGGCCAGUGAUGCUUCUCAGUAGCCUUAUCAUUCACAGGUGCCUCUCUCGCCUGCACAAAUGAUGGAUGGGAUCACCCAGAGGAUUCUUUCUGAAGGCUUUUCGUUUUUGUUGCACAUGACAGUGUUUGUGUUGAGUCUUCUGAGGAGGGAGGAGGAAUACUCUGGCAGUGGUGCCUGGGUUCCUGGCUUCCAGUGCCCCACCACCCUCCCCACCCGCCCGGCACUUCUGUCAUGUUGGUGCUUAGGUUUCCUGUUGGAUGAAAUCAAAUUGUAGGAAAGGAGAGGGCUUUCCGUCCUGGAGGGCCACCACACUGCCCCCAUGCAGCAGCUGCUCGGCCCCAGGAGCAGCCGUUUGCGGUGGUUUUGUGAGUCUGCUUCCUGCUCCCACCCCCACUGCGCAGUCCUUGAGGUUUGUUCUAGUUCUGUUGUCCAAGGAGUAAGCUGGGGUGUCCUCAAUAUCCUACUUAUCCUGUGGGGGCCCCUGCUCUUCUCUGACAGUGGGUAAGAAUGAGAAUUGACUGACCCUAAGAAAUCCACAAAAUGGCUGCACAUACUCCCAUAUCCCAUAAUCCCCUCCUCUUACAUGUUCCUCUAUACUCUGAAAGUUCUGCUGGUUGCAAACUUGCCUAAGGUAUUAGGCCAUCUCUAUACAGAGCAGUUUUCUGGAACAACAAAGCCUUGGACCAGGAAGCAGAACUGCUGGGCUUCAGUGUAGCCGAGAGAGCCGCAGACCGAGGUAGAUAAAACGGUUGAGCUGAUGCUUGCUGUAUUUUCUUAAAGCUAACUCAUUAUCAUACAGGUUCUUUCAUCUUGCACAACUAGCCCAUUCUUUCAGCCCUUAAAUCCCUCAUAAAAUAGGUUCAUGAAGAUUAUUAAAUACUUGUGUUCUGACUUUGACCUGAGAUGGCAAGUGAAAGGUACACCGCUUCUCUGCUCCAUCGUUCCCACUGGUCUCUUCAGUGUAUUCCCUGCUCAUUCCUGAGUUUCACUUCCUGAGGUCCCUCAGCAGCCAGUGGGAGUGCGGAGGCCUGUUUACUGUCCCUGGCUGAGAUGCUGCUCUCCCGUGGAGAAGUGUUACCAAGGUCUUGUCUUUCCCUCUGACAGGGGUGUGUCUAGAAUGGUCCCUGAACAUGCCUCUUCCUGUCCCAGUACGGCUCCCUCACUCAUGCUCCGCUGAGGUACUUGAGCACUGCCCCAUACAGGGUUUGCUGGGCUGUGGGAGCACUGGGAGGAGGUAGAAGCUCUUGCCCAUCCCUUUAAAGAUCAGGUAGACCUGCAGCAGCCCACAUGAUGGCCUGCCUCACUUCACCUACCUCAAAGCCCAUGGGGUUAGCGGGAAGGGAGCCCAGUGUGGUGGGGUGGAAACUCGGCACAACAGCUCUCUGAAACCAAGUGGAGCUACAGUGAGCAAGGUGGCCCCAGCUGGGCUUCCCAGGUCAGAAAUAAUAGGCCCUGGGCGGGGUGGAACCUUGGUUCUCAGCUCUGGGCAUCCUGGCCAGCCUGCAGGUGGGGAUCGCAUUCCUCUAACUCCAUUGACCAAAUUGUAAUCACUACAGCUGUUCUGCUUGCUCCGCUUUCCAAAGUCAGCCCAGGUACUGGGUUCUGCCAGCCGGGAGCCUGGGCCAGGUGCAGGGGCUGUGGCCUCUGAAGGCCAGUGCCUUCUUCACUAGGGCAGGUCCGCACACAUGACCUCAGUUCUAGGACCAAGAGCUGUGUUGAUUUCUUGGAUUGCUAGCUUUUCCUCCAGGGGACCGCAGCAGGCGAGGCUCACAGCCCAGAGCACUUGCUCUGCUGACAGUAGUUUGUGUUCAGACCUUGUCCAGCUGAGAGCUCCAUGCACACCAGAUUCUAAGAGGUGUCAACAGCACUUUUCCUUUUCCAUGAGGUUUUUGGACCAUGGGCUGAGCUCAGGCACUUUUUUCUGUAAGAGAAUGUUAUGUCUGUAAAGAUGGUUAUUUUCCCUUCUCUACCCCACUGGUGGCCCUGCUGAGGGCUGGCCAAGGAGGCCCCUGGAGCUGCCCUGGUGUCUAGGGGAGGCCAAGGCCUGCUGAGCUGAUUGUCCAGCUGCUCCAGCCCUCCCACCUUGCACAGCACAGAAGGUCACCCUAGGGACAGCCGGGUACCCAUCUCCGGUGGGAGGGGUGCUGUCAUCUGUCCCUUAACUGCUUCCCUACGGCCCACUUGGCCACCCAGGUUUGUUCGAAGCUGUGCUGACAGGUUUUUUUUUUUUUUUUUUUUUUGGUUGGGGUCUCAUUUUGGUAUUCACAACAGCCAGGGACUUGAUUUUGAUGUAUUUUAAACCAUAUUAAAUAAAGAGUCUGUUGCCUUA